AUGUCCCAACCAUCCCAACCCACCACCCAUUCACCCUGGAUACUCCUCGCCAUCGCCAGCGGCGCCUUUGCAGCCUUGAACGGCCUCUUUGCAAAACUAACAACAGACGAACAAACCACCUCCUUUGCAAAUUUCAUUCUGCGUCUCUUCGGAGCCACAGGUGACGCCGAUGCACAUCCAUUCGGGGUUCUAGUGAUUCGCGUGAUCUGUCUCGGGCUCAACUUCCUCUGUAAUAUCGUCAUGUGGGCUCUCUUCACGCGCGCUUUGACGGCUGCGCCCUCCACUACAAAGGUGUCGAUUACGAAUACCUCGGCGAAUUUCCUCGUCACGGCGUUGCUGGGCAUGCUUGUGUUUCGGGAGGAGGUUGGUGGGUUGUGGUGGGUGGGUGCUGGGAUGAUGGGUGCGGGGUGUAUUUUGGUUGGGAUGAGGGAGGGAGGGGCGAGCUGA